GUCGAGGUGCUGUACAUGCGUUACAGAUUGGUGCAAGAGGUGUUCAUGUCUGUUGCUUGUGUGAAGAGUGACUAUGUAGUCAUAAUGAACUCUUGGAGCAGUGUUCGAAUGGGGUGUAGAGUCAUGAGGCGAAUGUACAGCACAGUAACAUCACGAUCCUUGGUGAAUGAUGGAAACUGUGCAUCUCUCAGGAAUGACAGUGUACGUAGUUCGUCGUCACAUGAGCAGAACAUAGUCAAAUCACCGUACCUGGACAUCACAGUACCAGACAUCAAUCUAAUUGAUUUUGUUUGGGAAAUGGUAGACAUAUAUCCUGACAGGACGGCACUGGUGUGUGCACUGACAGGUCGCAGGUACACAUAUGCUGAAUCACGUGGAAUUGCACGAAGAUUCGCAGCAUCACUCUGUAGGGCUGGGUUCAAGCAUGGGAAUGUGUUGGCUGUGGUGCUGCCCAAUGUACCAGAGUUCCCACUUGUUCUGUUUGGAGCUCUUGAAGCUGGCAUGGUUGUCACUACUGUCAAUCCAGUCUUCACUCCAGAGGAAAUAGGAAAGCAGCUAAGAGACUCUGGAGCUGUUGGUGUUGUAACGAUAUCAGACAUCUAUUCGAAAGUGUCUAAAGCGGUUGCUGUGCUGGAGGCUGAGAGAAAGAGCAAGAUUCCAAUCAUCCUCACUCCAGGACUAGAAGAUAAGGCAAUUCCACGGGGAACAAUCAACUUCCAAGAUAUGACCCACAAAGGGAUUGAUACAUCAAACCUUGGUGCUCAUAACAUGCUGAGUCCUGACAGUUUGGUGGUGCUGCCAUAUUCCAGUGGGACCACAGGACUACCCAAGGGGGUGAAGCUCUCACACAGACAUCUUAUCACCAACUGCCUACAGGUGUUAUCUGAGCCCAAGAUAUGUAGAGCUGAGAGAGCCACCGAUGACUUUCGAGAAAUUGUUCCAGCUCUUCUACCGUUCUACCAUAUCUAUGGGUUACUUUCUCUAGCCAUAGCUUCGCUUUACUGUGGUGCAAAAGUUGUCACGGUACCAACGUUUGAGCCUGCCCAGUUCAUAUCAACAGUUGUUAAAUAUAAGGCCACUGCGUUGUAUCUGGUGCCACCUGUGAUACAGUUCAUGAGCUCUCAUCCAGAUGUUAAGACCUCUGACUUUGAAACAGUGAGGUUAGUAAACAGUGGAGCAGCUCCUAUUGGUUAUAAUGAUGUGGAACGUUUGCUAGAGAAGGCGCCACAUGUGGAAUUUACUCAAGGUUAUGGGUUGACAGAGUCUUCUCCUGCUGCAACCAUUUUGGAGAAAGGAAGCACUAACUACAAGUCAUGUGGCAAACCUAUUCCUAAUACUGAAAUGAAAAUAGUUAACAUGGAUACUAACAUGAAUCUGGGACCUGGAGAGGCUGGAGAAGUGUGUAUUAGGGGUCCACAGGUAAUGGCGGGAUACCACAACAAUCCUCAGGCUACUGCUGAAACGAUUGACCCCUCUGGUUGGCUCCACACUGGAGACAUGGGUUAUUAUGAUGAAGAAAAUGAUUUUUACAUUGUAGACAGAUACAAGGAACUUAUCAAGGUUAAAGGAUUGCAGGUAGCUCCAGCAGAGCUGGAAGACAUACUUCGCAGCCACCCUGGAGUUGCUGAUGCAGCAGUCAUUGGUGUACCAGAUCAAAGGUCUGGUGAAGUACCUAAAGCCUUCAUUGUAUCAAAAGGACCGAAACUCACAGAAGAUGAUGUGAAGAAAUUUAUGGCAGGGAAAGUAUCUAGACAUAAGCAUUUGACUGGUGGUGCAGAAUUUGUAACUACAAUUCCAAGAAAUCCAUCAGGCAAGAUUUUACGAAAGAAACUUAAAGAAAUGUAUUGCAAAUGACAUUCCAUGUUUAUGGUUGAGAACAGAUGUGAAGGCAUGAGAAGUAACAAAACACUUCAAAAUCAGAAGAGUACCAUACCUUCUGAAAGCUGGAUGGACAUAAAGUGUGGUAAUUAUUACAGCAGUGGUACAAAACAUAUAUUUUAAUGAAAUGUAGUCUUACACAAAUUACAGAUCUAACUAUUUUUAUAUGAAAUAUGUUUUUGGUGAUCUGUGUGGUAAUUUUAGAAUGAAAUCAAACUGGAAGCAACAAAACAAUAAUGGACUAAGAAGUUUAUUAUCAAACAAACCGGGGCCAUAUAUGGCUCAGUGAAAGACUUCUACACAUACAGAACUACUUGACUGAGGUGAUACAGGCCAAAUCUAGUUCCCAUUAAUAAACAAUACUGAAAUACAA